AUGAGUAAAUACCAGGGUAAACAAGACGCUGUAAUGCCGGCAUCAAAGAGUAAAUUAUGGCACACUCUGAGCCAAAAAAUGAGUGUAAAAAUGCUAACGGAUUUAGAGCGCUUCUUAACGUCUGGUCAGAUCCCGAGAUAUCAGAACACCUAUCGUCUGGAAUCGUAUAAAGCUUUUCAUGCAGUGGCGGUCGACAAGAUCAUUCGUGACGUAAUGGAGAUCAAAUUAUCUACGAUUACAUCAUACCAGCCAGAUCAGACAUCAAAAUUGUGUUUGGAAAUUGCCGGUGACGUGCUGAAGGCUGUCUACAAGAAGGAUUACGACAGAUACAAGAUAGUGACGCAAGUAUACAUAAUCCAGCGCUUCCAACAAAGUAUGAACGCGGCCUUCCAGUGUCUCUGGGACGUGGAACGUGAUAAUUACUCGUAUCACGUGUUUGAAAACAAUCACAUAUACGCAUGUUGCUGUGUGUUCGGUAUAUAUUAUGAUUAA